AAUAAUUCAACUGACACUGAUACUGACACCGUACUGGAAUCGCGUAAUCAAUGAUGGUUGAAACUUGAACAACGUUCCUCAGCCGUCGAUCAUCAACUGUACAGAACACUCCGAUCCGACGGCCGAUAUCGCAGAAGCCGCCAUUUUCUUUGUUCUUGCUGCUGCAGAACGGCAACAUUCCCGAGUCUUCCGCUGAGCUUCCAAGUAUCCCUCAGUAUAUUUACACACUCGAAGUCUCCACCUGUUUUCCAUUUCGGAUCUUCUGUUCUUCCUUUCCUUCUCUCUUUCACCGCCAUUCUUGCUCCGAAGUUGAAGAAAAGCGUCUUCAAAAAGAUAUCAUUCGUUCUUUUGUCCCUAAUUUUCUCGGAAGAAGUUCUUUUGGUGUCUUCCUGAUGGAUUCUGUUAUGCACUCUUCAUUUUCCUUAAGAAGCCAACUACGAAAGAUCCGAAUGCUUUUUAGACGUCUAAAUGAAUUUUGGCUACUUCCUUUUGUUUGGUUUAAUCAUUUUAACUUUUUCCCGCCCUUCCAUUUCUGUUGAUUGAGAUACAUUGUAACUGGAUUGCUGUUCAUGUCUUUAGCUUGGAACAGGAACAUUUCGUAGAAAACAAUCGAGCAAAACAAUACACUGAGAUCCACCUAUGAGGAUCGAUUAUUGCAUUUGAUCAAGUGCCAAAGUAAAAGCGCUUCUUGCAAAUUUCCAAGUUGAGAUCAACAGUUGUUUGGUUCAGUGCUGAAGAUAUUUCAGAUUGGUUUAUAGGUUGCGAAGAGUUUCUGAUGGAUGAGUAUUGUAGUAAAAGAGUUCAUGUGGGAAUUGUUUCUAGGAAGGGACCUGGUGUAGUUUUGAGGGAUAACACGAAGCAGAGGGAUCAAAGUAAUCGACACGGCGACCGACUUGGCUGCACUGGCAGGAUAUGCUCCAGUAGUGGUGCACAAGUUGGCUGUUCGAGUAAAGCCAGCUCAAAAGGACUAUUCUGCAGCUCAAGUGGUAAAGAAGUUGUUGGAAGUUCCAGGAAAUCUUUUCCAGAGCGUUUCGGAAGGCUAUCAUCUAAGCUUGAAACAGAUUCAUCUGAAAAUGAUAGCAUUCAAGAUGAGUUGGAAGAACUGGAAUUCACCUCACCUCCUGGAUUGCUCCAUACAGGGGUUCAUGUAAAAUCCAACCGUUCGGUGCCUGCUGAUGCCAUGUUGAUGGAAAGGGGAAGCUGCAGUAUGAACUCUAACAAUAAAUCUAAGAGAAACACCAUUCAAAGAUAUAAAGUGGACAAUCAAGAAACUCAUGCAUCAAUGUGGCCUAGAAGUCUUUGCCAGAUAUCAAACGGUGGUUCCAGUAGGUUCAAUUCGAGAAACCUCGCAUGUGAUUCAGUAUCUGAAGUAGUUUCAUUAGAUAGUUCUUUGCUGGAUCAAAACCUUGUGAGAAGGAAGAAUGUAACAAAGAAAAUGAUAUAUGAUGGUGAGAACAGUUCCAAUUCUAAAGAAAAGAUAGUGAGUGGAACUUACCGAGGACAGAAGUGUAGUUAUAGGCAUGGCAUCUCUAUUUCUGAUCAAAGACCGGGUCGAAAUGUGUUUCACAAGCGAAAUGUUCUUUCAUCACAUGGGACUCGAAGUUGGACGAGUGGAUGUGGUGGGGCGAGGCAUUCUCAAGGCAUUAGUGAUAAUCUGUUGGUGCACGAUUCACUAACGAUGACUUCAUGGACGCCUCGGACUAGUGUCUCCAGUUCCUCAAAUGCUUAUAGUUCACUUCAGUUAUCUUCAGAAUCACACUCCAGACACCGCAUGACUUACCCUGAACCAGAGGGCUAUGGUCAAAGUCUACAUGCUGCAGAAGCUGGUAUUUCGAGCACUUCAACAAAUGUAAACAGUUUUCGAUGUCGCAAUGUCAAUGGCAUUGCCGAGGUAUUAUUGGCAUUGGAGAGAAUCGAGCGGGAGGAGCGAACUUACGAGCAGGCCAUUCUUCUCGAGAUGAGUACGUUCCUUAAUCGCCUGAACAUCUAUGAUCAGCACAGAGACAUGAGACUUGACAUUGACAACAUGACAUAUGAGCAACUUUUAGAUUUAGAAGAGGGAAUGGGGACAGUAAGCACAGCACUGUCUGAAAAAGAACUGACUGAAUGCCUUCAUAGAAGCAUCUAUCAGUCUGAACCUGAAGGAGGAGGAAUGGCCACGGGUUCGGUCGAGGAUUUGAGCGACGUCAAAUGUUGUAUUUGUCAGGAAGAAUAUGUGAGGGGAGAUGAAGUUGGAAGACUGCAAUGUGAGCACAAGUAUCAUGUAGCAUGCAUUCAACAGUGGUUGAGGAUGAAGAACUGGUGCCCCAUUUGCAAAUCAACAGCUUCAUCACCCUUUCAGAUGAAUUAAAGCCAUUUAACUUUAUGUUUCUUUGUUCAAAUUACAUCUGUUUAUUGGAAAUUACUGAUUUUAUUAUUCAUAUUAAUUAAUAAAAUUAAUGUAGUUAAAACUAUUGUAAACUUUUAUA